AUGUCCAUUCUACCCCUCACUCUCACCUUCUUCUCUCUCGUCUUCCUCGCAUCUUCUGUUCUUCCUGCCUCUGUUGUUAACCCUAAACUUCCACACGAUGCUUUCACCACUUCCAAGAGAUUUGAGGGGUCGUCGGACCUCGUCAACCUCCGGUACCAUAUGGGUCCGGUCCUUUCUUCUCCGAUCAACAUCUACCUCAUCUGGUAUGGUAAAUGGCUUCCAGCUCAAAAGCUAUUGAUCAAAGACUUUCUACUAUCAAUAUCCACCACCAAACGCCGUGCUGCCUCCGCCCCCUCCGUCUCCGACUGGUGGAAAACCGUAACGCUCUACACUGACCAAACCAACGCCAACAUCUCCAGCGAAAUCCUAAUCGCCGGAGAAUAUUCCGAUCGGAAAUACACCCAUGGAACUCACCUCACCCGUCUCACCAUGCAAGACGUCAUCGCCACCUCCGUUCAAUCAGCUCCGUUUACAGUCGAUCACAAAAACGGAGUUUACUUAAUUCUCACUUCCGACGAUGUCACCGUACAAGAUUUUUGCCGUGCCGUCUGUGGGUUUCACUACUUCACGUUCCCGUCGAAAGUAGGAUACACCUUACCCUACGCAUGGGUUGGGAAUUCCGGUAAACAGUGCCCGGAGGUCUGUGCUUACCCGUUUGCCGUUCCGGGGUACAUGGGUAACGGCGGGCCGCGUUCCCUUGCACCGCCGAAUGGUGACGUCGGGGUUGACGGAAUGAUCAGCGUCAUCGGUCACGAGCUGGCGGAGCUGGCGUCAAACCCAUUGGUGAACGCUUGGUAUGCCGGUGAAGAUCCGACAGCGCCGACUGAGAUUGGGGAUUUGUGUGAAGGGUUAUAUGGGUCGGGUGGUGGAGGCGGGUACAUUGGUCAGGUGAUGAAAGACGGGUCGGGUCGGACUUUUAAUAUGAACGGUAGAAGACGUAGAAAGUUUUUGGUACAGUGGAUAUGGAGCCCCGUUUUGAAAGCAUGUGCUGGACCUAAUGCUUUGGAUUGA